AGAAUCAUCAGCUUACAUACAGUAUAUAUACAAUCAACCUAAUCUGAUAUGUUCAUAAAGUCACCAGCCACCAUGGGGUUCAUGAAUCUGGUUCUCUGUAUUGUUCUUUUUACAGUGGAUAUUCCUUCUCUCACAGUUGCACAGUCAUCUGCUGCACCUACAACUAUGUUUGCAUCCACAACUAUGGCUGCAUCCACAACUAUGGCUGCUAAAAACAGUAUCCCUUCAACAACAGUAUCUCCUCCAGCUUUAACUACAACAGUAAAUGCUGGAAAUACCACUGAUUCUGCAUAUACAAGGACUGGAGUUCCUUCAACAACAGUAUCUUCUCCAGCUUUAACUACAACAGCAUAUGCUAGAAAUACCACUAAUAUGGUCUGAGGUUGGUAAAUGGCAGAAACCAUUGCGUUGGUCGUGUGGAAAUCUUCUAUGAAGGAGAAUGGGGAACGGUGGUGUGAUGAU